CCACUUACACCCCCAAUAUGGCUAAAUGAAUCGGACUCCAUCGGCAAUUGAUCCAGGAUAAUCAUGAGGGGUUCUCAGCUAUGCCAUUCACUCCCGGUGAAACUAUUGGGAGAACAUCAUGGAUCUCCGUCCGUAAUCUAGUUCUCAGUUAUAUAUAUAUAUGGCGCCGCGCGCCCGGUACCUGGGAAGCGUCCGCCAACCUCCGGAUUUCGCCCCAGUCGACAUCCAAGUUAGACAAGCCGGACGGAACGCGACAACAAUGGUGUCCAACAAAGCGGUGCUCGCAUUUCUCACCACACUCUCACUGCCAUCCCUCGGGGCAGCGGACUGCAGCCGAGCCGUGCUCGUCUCCGCCGCCGAGAGCUACAUCGCGGCGCAGGCCAACGGCGCGUUGGGCGACUUGGCCAAGCUCCUCACGUCCGACUACAAAUACCGCGAGAACAACAAGGCGGCCGACGUCAAGACGGGCGUGCUGGCGACGGCGCUGCAGAUCGCGCACAACAAGACGACGGCGGACACGGUCGCGUGCGCGAGCUACACGGAGCUGAUCGCGACGACGCCCAAGCCGUACGUGAUCGGCACGCAGCUGCGGCACACGGCGGACGGCGCGCAGGUGACGCUGAUCGACACGAUCGCGGCCACGACGGGCUCGCUGUCGUUCAACGCCGCCCAGACGCUUGCGUACAUCGAGGCCGAGGACUGGAGCCCCAUCACCGACGCCGCGCAGCAGCCCUCGCGCGCGCUGCUGCAGCAGACCGCCGACGCCUACCUCGACAUGUGGACCAACGCGUCCGCGUACGACGCCGUCCCCUGGGGCACCCCCUGCGAGCGCAUCGAGGGCUCCGCCCGCAACUCCCCCUGCACCGUCGGCGCGCCCAGGGGCGGCUUCACGAACCGCAUCUCGGACAGGCGCUAUGUGAUCGAUCCCGAGAUGGGCAGCAUUGAUGUGUUGUGCAACUUCGCGGCGGUGGGCGGCGUGGCGGAUAGCCAUGAGUUCAGGUUGGAGAAGGGGAAGCUGCGCUAUGUGCAUACCAUCACGCUGUGAGGCGUGGGAUGGGACAGGGGCUCAGCGGUGGCGGCAG